GCGCCACAUAUGUACUCAUUUUUUAUUGUGCUCUUUGCUGGCGUCACAUUUGCGUCACAUAUUGAUAUGUGUGGAUAUGUGGGCGUAUAAAUGUUUUUUAACUUAAUUUAUGUGGAUGGACUGAUGUUUUGCUGAAAGAAGCUAAAAGAAAUGACAUUUUCACUCAUUGUAGGCUGAAUGGUUACCUUGUCGUGAACGAAAAUAUCUAGUGGAGACUGAGGUCACUGGCCCAGCAGACAUCCGCCAUGUCGGCAGCGGCCUCUACGCCACAGCGGCGGCGCUCUGCCAACCUAGCGGCGUUCAGCACGGUUCGCUCACGCAAGGUGGCGCCACCACAGGCGCGACUUAACGACCAGGAGUUGCGCGAGAUGACUGAACUGGCGAUGCACACCUGGCGCGUGCUGUUCAUGGCGCCCCUGUGGAGCGUCACCAUCGCCAACGCCCGCCAGUUCGAGACGCUGCUGCUCAAGCUGAAGAAGCUGGUGAAGGCGACGCUGGAGGAGAUGCCGGAACAUACCGGACUGAAGGUAUCGGCCUCCAGCCUGACCAGUAUCGCCGAGGUGGUGCCGGCCAUCCGUCUGACGGUGACGGCGGCCGGUCGGCGCGCGCCGGUGGCCGAGCUGCUGCUCUGCAGCGCAGAGACGGUGCUGCGCUCGCUGCCCGACGAGUGCGCCGCCGAGUGUGUGUGGCUGCCGCUGGUACUGGCCAGGGGCAGCGGACCCGUGCGCGACGCCGUGCUCGCCAGGCUGCGCAGCGUGUACGGCAGCGCCGCCGUGGCGCCGGGGUUCUCACAGGACGACAUGCGCUGGAUGGCCUCUAUGUGGGCGGCCCGACCCGGCAUCACCUUCGACGGCGACGUGACACUCGACUACGCCACCCCGCAGUCGGUGUCAACUGCCGGACUGCGCUCGGUCAACAUUAGACUGUCCGGGGAGGACAUGGGACUCAUACACGCCAGCGUUCACGGUACAAACCAAAUCAUGACCCGAGAGGCCAUGCACACGUUCCACCGUGUGCUGGCCAAGGUUGGAGAGGACGCCGUCGGUCUUCCGCUGAGCGCCUUUGACCUCCAGUCGUUCGUUCUGCCGCUGGCUAAGGUGUACUCCGAUGGGCGGAUAAAGUUCGGCUCGGCGGAGGCCGUCAGCCCGUGCCUGACGUUCCUGCGCCAGCUAUCGGCUGAGUUCUUCGACCCGUGACCUGUGACCUGACCUGGAGAGUGAGAGAGCGCGGCCAGCGGCGCGGAUCGGCUCCACCAGCUGAGUUAGCGCCGCCUUUUACGAACGCUUUAGCUUCUGUGGACCUGUUUUAUCAUAUGCAUUCAGCACAGUGUUUUUAUGUUUUAUGUUCUAAUUAACGUUGUAUAGAAAUGUUUGUAAAUAUAGACAAUAGACAUAA